AUGUGGUUUCUCUUACUAGUGAUUGUUCUUCAAUGUGCCUGGGCAAUAGACGUCAACCCCUUACCCGAGCCAUAUAGAGUGGAAUGGUUUGGGGAUGGUUUUAUCAGCAUUGAUGUGAGGCAGCUAUACUUGGAUGUUACACACCCUAUACUCGGAAAGGCGCUUCAAAGGAUGGUAGAGAAUGUUGAAAGAGCAAAGUGGUCCCCAUAUGAAUACAGACCAAGCGAUGGGCUGUUUGACACUUAUUUGAAAUUGGAAUCACCUAUUAUUCAUGUGGAGGUUUUAGACUACGAGGCAGAAUUACAAUUUGGUGUUGAAGAAUCUUAUAAAUUGGAUGUUUCUGAAAGAGGAAUUUUAAUUGGUGGUGAAACUAUUUGGGGGGUAUUACACGCAGUUACAACACUCCAACAGUUAAUUAUCUACAAACAUGGUCGGUUUAUGUUGGAAAAAUCAGUGCUGAUUCAGGACGAUCCACGAUUCCCACACAGGGGAAUAAUGAUUGACUCUGCGCGAAACUUCCUCCCUGUGGAGUCCAUCCUCCAGCAAAUCGACAUCAUGUCAUCUGUCAAGAUGAAUGUCUUACAUUGGCAUUUGGUGGAUACCCAGAGCUGGCCAUUGGUUUUAAAAUGUUACCCAGAAAUGCUGCGUGACGCAUACUCCAAGCAUGAGAGGUACACAAUUGAAGACUUGAAGCGAGUACAAGUCUAUGCUAGGGAAAGAGGAGUUAGGGUAAUACCGGAGAUUGAUAUACCUGGUCAUGCUAGGGCUGGUUGGAGACAAGUUGACCCAUCACUUGUAAUGUGUGGGUACAAAUUUUGGAAUGGCUAUGCAGUGGAGCCACCCCCUGGUCAACUCAAUAUUUUAAACAGCAAUACCUAUCAGGUAAUUUACAAUGUUUAUAAUGAGUUGAGUGAGGUUUUCACUGAUGAAUAUUUUCAUGUUGGUAAUGAUGAACUACAGAAAAGGUGCUAUCCACAGGAUUGGUUUGAUAACCAGACCUUGAGCGAUAUCACAGAGAGGUACCUCCAUUCGGUGCUACCCCUUCUCAACAGCGUAAAAGGGAGAAAAUUGAUCAUGUGGGAUGAUGUACUAACGUCAGACGGGGCAGUUGCCAACCUUUCUCGGAAUAUCACAUUACAAGUGUGGCACAAAUCAUCUCAUAUCAAGGACAUAACCCGCAAGGGAUACAAUGUUAUAGUGUCUCUGGCAGACUACUUGUAUCUCGACUGCGGAUAUGGAGGAUUUUUAACAAAUGAUUUCAGGUACACUGACUCCCCAGAAAAUGAAGGCUUCAAUACAGGAAAAGGUGGUAGCUGGUGCAGCCCCUACAAAACAUGGCAGCGAAUUUACUCAUUUGACUUUUUGCAAAACUUGACAGAUACAGAACAAGGGAAGGUUUUAGGGGCUGAAGCAGUCCUUUGGUCGGAGCAGGUCGACUUCACGGUGUUGACAGGAAAAUUGUGGCCAAAAACAGCUGCAUUGGCGGAGUCGCUAUGGAGUGGGAAUAGAGACAAUAAGGGAUUGAAGUUAUACGACAUGGGACUGAGAAUUCUUUUAUUUCGAGAGUACUUGGUGAAAUUGGGACAUCAUGCGUCCCCCUUGGCACCCAAGUUUUGCUUAUUAAACCCACAUGCUUGUGAUUUUGUGGAGAGUGUAUAG